AUGGACGUACCAGAGGGGAAUGGAAACCCUUUGGGCAAUGGACUCGGUCGAGCUAGGCAAACUCGACCGAUUGGUCAAGGAGAUGCUCCAAACCGCCACCAACAGAGACAAGGGAUUGUUCCACCACCAGUGCAGAACCACAACUUUGAGAUCAAGCUGGGAAUGAUCAACCUUGUUCAGAACAAGAUGUUCCAUGGAUUGCCAAGUGAAGACCCCAUUGACCACCUUGAUGAGUUUGAUAGGCUAUGUGAUUUGACAAAGAUCAAUGAUGCCUCUGAAGAUGCAAUCAAGCUGAGGCUCUUCCCUAUGUCUCUAGCUGACAAAGCUCACCAAUGGGAGAAGAGUUUGCCCCAUGGCACAAUCACCACUUGGGAUGAAUGCAAGAAGGCCUUUCUUGCUAAAUUUUUCUCCACCGGUCGCACCGCCAAGCUAAGGAAUGAGAUCUCGAGUUUCAUACAGAGAAACAAUGAGACUUUUGGAGAAGCUUGGGAGCGUUUGAAGGGAUACACCAGCCAAUGUCCUCACCAUGGAUUCAGCAAUGAGUCAAUAUUAUCCAUACUCUACAGAGGAUGUUUGGCAAGGCAAAGGGAGAUGUUAGACACAGCCAAGCAAUGGGAACUUCCUCACUCAGGAUGUGGAAGAUGGCUGGAACUAGUCGAGAACAUCGCCCUCUCAACAGAAAGAUAUGGAGACAAUUAUGAUAGCACUGACUGGAGCUCGACCGCUAACUCGAUCGAGUGCGAGGCCCAAAUGCGAAAAGACUUGCAGGCUCUCCAUUCGAAGAUUGACAAGCUGAUUGUAGCUCAAUUCCCUCCCAAACAAGUCAGCUCUAUCUCGGAUACAACACAGGCUAUCAAACAGGAAGGGGAGGAGCAACAACAUACAAGCACCCCUCCAACCACAAGGAAAACCAUCUAUGGUCACACAUUUUACCAGGCACCUGCGGCUUACAGACUCAAUCCACACAGAUCCAACCAGCAAGGGCACCUCCGAAGUUUCCCACCAGGAUUCCCACCAAUGCCAUACCCAACUACACAGAGCCAAGAUUGGGAUAUGAAAGAUAUGCUCCAACAACUCCUUCAAGGGCAAGCCAAAGGUUCACUAGACAUGAACCACAAGUUGCUGGAAAUAAACUCCAAACUGGAGUCAUUGACUUCAAGAGUGCAAACCAUUGAGUCUUCUAGUGCGUCAUCCUCUUCAUCUCAAGAGUAUGCUCAAGCUGUUACACUGAGAGUGGGCGACAGUUUCCAAGUCGAACUAGCCCACCCCAAAUCGCUGUGGACAUCGAUGACGAGGAAGGGGAGGAUUUGGUCGAGUAUUAUGACAUCCCGGCACCGAACUCGAUCGAGCUGGAACAAAACCCUGAACCAGAACUCGAUCGAGCUGGAGAAACCGAGACUCAGAAGGACAAAGCAGAGCUCGAUCGAGCUGAGAAGAGAACAGACAAAGCAAGCUCCAGCCAACCAGCUAAACCUGUUGCAAAGAAGAAAGACACUCCAGCAGGACCACCACCAUACAAACCCCCUCUGCCUUUCCAGGAAGGUUCAAGAAACAACUGUUGGAAGCACACAAGGCCAAGUUUGA